AUUCAGAACUCCGAUGUAUUUAAUAUGUAACAUACACAGAAAACACAGUAUACAAUUUCUCAGAGACGAAAGUCUAAAGCUAGGCUAGCUAAGUAGCUAGCUAUCAAAAAGCAAAAUGGCAAAUGUACGAGGGCCAUUUUCAGCUCCUGCAAGCAGCCAAACGUCGAAAAGUUCAGUCGGGGAUAUAAAACACGCAGUUUAUAAUGCUUCGCAGGAAUCUGAAAAACAACGCUUGAAAAGAGAAGAGAACGCUCGUUCGAGAAAGCGAAACUUGGAAAAAGAGAGCGUUAAAAAGGUAUGCUUGUACAUUUAAUGACUUGUACACUAUUAUUAAGUUGAACACAGUUAUUACACCAGACUAUUUUACUAACCAAGGGUGAAGUUGUUGGACAAUAAUUGGCAAAACCAGACCACCUGCAAAUAUGUCUGCAAAUACUUCUGCAAAUGUCUUUAUUUUAAAUAUGUUACUUGUUUUAAGCCAGAUGAUUUUACUGAUUCAGGUAAAGGGAAUUAUUAAUAUGUUACAUGUAAUCUUCCCUUUUUAUAGCAAAUUCUAGAGGUGUGUGAUGGCUUGAAGUUGGGCGACUCAAAUGAUAUCGCAGAUAUAACAGCAAUACCAAAUUUCUGUCAGUUAUUGAAACAACUUGCAGGUAUGUUGUCAGGCAUCCCAAUCAGGGUAGUGUAAUGUGUUAUGUAAAUUAGGUACGGAGCUGCUGUGCCAAGCCCUUUGCUGUGCUGAAAAAUGAGGGUCAACCACAAGGCGGGGUCAACCAGUGGUACCACCCCCCCCCCUCCCCCCACAUAACACCUCAAGCAGAGUGUGAAAAAAGUUACCUAAGGGAAUGGAUACUGCACCAACUACCAUGCUUCUUGCUAGUCAUUGUUGAUAGAUCUGGUAGAUGGAAAUUGUCUAGUGGAAAUUGAUAUACAUUUACUAGACCUAACCAUGAACAGAUGUGAAAAUUAAACUUUACAGUAUACGUCCCUGGCAGGAAUCGAACCUGCAGCCCUGUAAUUCCGGUGCAGUGCUCUAACCAACUGAGUUAUACAGAGCUACAUUAACAGAGACCAGUUGUCAAGCUCUAUAACCACAAUAGUGAGAUUGCAACAAAAUCUUGCUAGUCACCUUUUCUAACAACCUUGCCAAUUUUUUAAUACCUUUUAGUGCUCUCUGACCUCAAGUUAGACAGUGACAUUACUGAAUCCCCAGAAGAUUUUUCAUGUCUUUUAAAACUAUUGAAAAAACAUCGAUAUGGCUAUUGCAACAUAACCACCUGCUGUGAAAUCUUAAACCGCCUUCUCAAAGUUUCCGGUUCCUGCUAUUCAACACAAAGUCAGGCAGAACUUUUGAAAGAAUUGAGUGACUUAUGGUUCACAAAAGCAAGUUAUGAUAAUGUGAUUACAACCACAGAACAGUUAGCAAAACUAGCAAGUGAACUCGGAGAUAAAAAAUUGGAAGCUGAAGCAUAUCAUAUACGUAUCAAGCCCCUUGCUCUAAAAGGGUUAUUGGAAAAUGCAAAGCUCGCUUUGGAGAAAUGUGUCCAAUGUAGUGAAGCAUCAGGGGAUGAACUAACUAUAGGUAAGUUGUAUUUGAUAAAUGUUAAACUAGUCUUUACCAUAUUAAAUUAAUACAUGAAACCCUUUAUUAGACACACUUGUAUCAAAGACACAAAGUAUGGUAGAGUGCAUCAGGUCACAUUGUAUUUUAAAUGGUUAAAAAGAGACAUCAUGGUAUGCUUUUAAGAGUCUGGUUAACACAUCAAUGUUCACAUUUCCUUGAUAAGUAUUAAUGUCUGGUGUUAGGCUAAUUGGUUCACCUUGGUUGGUGAAUUUUUUUCCGGUGCAUGUACACUGUAAUUGAAUGAUCGAUCGAGUGACAUGCAAAAAACUUUGAAAUGUUAUAUUUCCGAAACGUGAUUCCAUACUUUAGGAAAAGCAAAUUACCAACAAAAUUGCUGGUGGGAGCCUGACUUUAGACAGAAUAAAUAUGUAUACUGCAUCAAUUUGUGCAUAUACAGUAUAUAAUUUUAAUCCAUGUUAUUUUAAGACAGUGUGAAGGGUUAUAUAUAUAUAUAUAUAUAUAUAUAUAUAUAUAUCCACUCGAUCCCAAUAUAAUCUUAAUUGUUACAAUUGUCAACCUCUUCUUAUAAUCAGGCUUUUAG